AUGGCACUGGAGCUGCUGGAGGACUGGUGCCAGAUCGUGAGUGCAGAUGACCACAAGUCACUGAUGGCCACGGGCAUCUCCGUGGAGUGUGACAAGGCUGAGGUUCGGGAGGUGCUCCAGGAGACGCUGCAGCCUCUGGGUGGGUGCCGGCUGCUGGGCAAGAUACUCCAGAAGCAGGAGAAUGCCAGCGCUGCCCUGCUGCGGCUCCCGGAGGACACCCACGUCUCCGUGAUCCCCAGUGAGGUUCAGGGAGGGGGCUGUCUGAAAGUGAUCUUUAAGACCCCUAACCAGGACACUGAAUUUCUUGAAACACUGAACCUCUUUCUAGAAAAGGAGGGACAGAAAGUCCCAGUUAUGUUCUGAGCCCUUGGGCAUGAGGGAGUGUCUCCAGACACAGCGACUUACAUGUUCCUGGAGUUCCUGGCCCACAUGUUGGGACUGGCAGUCACCCACCGCACCCCUCAGCCCCUGCGCCCCAUGAGGUACCGGAAGCUGAGACUGUUCUCAGGGAGCACCGUGCGGCCCAGAGAAGAGCCCUUUGAAAUCUGGUGGGAACAGUCCCAGGGGAUAAUCAAAGAGUGGGCAGUGGCAGAGGCAGAGAAGAAAAGGUAGCUGAUGGAAAACCUGUGGGGCCCCGCCCUGGACCUCAUGCGCAUAGUGAAGGCAGACGACCAGUCUGUAAGCGUGGAGGAGUGUUUGGAGGCAUUUAAGCAAGUGUUCGGAAGCCUGGAGAGCUGCAGGGCCUCCCAGAUGAGGUAUCUGAAGACCUAUCAGGAAGAAGGUGAGAAGAUCUCAGCCUACAUGCUGCGGUUGGAGACCCUGCUCCAGAGGGCAGUGGAGAAAUAGGCCAUGGCCAGGAAUAGCGCAGAUCGUCGCCUGGAGCAGGUCAUGGCCGGGAGCCUCAGCUUGGUCUUGUGGUGCAGGCGGAGGGAGCUACUCAGCUUCCUUGCGUUAAUGAAGGUGAUCUGGGAGGAGGAGGAGGAAGAGGCCUUUUUUGAAACUGAGACCAUUGAAGAGCCAGAUGCAAGCAACAGCUAUGGCCACUGGGACAAUGAGAGAGAUGACUAAAAGCUGACCCAGAGUGGGACCUACCGCAGUGAUCUAGG